CCCGGGGUCACGCGAGAUCGAUUCGGUGGCGCGUAUCGUGAACGGACGAAUCAGUUUUUAAUCGACGCAUCUUUUGCACCCCUACGAUAACGCUUAAUCGCACGGUCAACAGCAAUGUAAAAGCAUCCAGCUUGGGUGAGCGGGUGGAUCAACAAGCGGGUGUGUUGUUUGCCAAGUGUGGGCUGUUGGUGUGUCUCCCAGAUAUAUAAAAAAAAAUCAUACCCAGGGGACCGCGUUGCCAUGGCGCCCGAUGACAUUGAAUUGUAAAUGCGGUUCCCCCGUGGUAUCGGCGUGAACGCGAGCACUAUAAAUGUUUGAUGGGCUGCUGCAGAACCAUUGCGGGUCUCACACAGCUGCUGCUGCUGCCUCCUCUGCGUGCGCGCCUCCGACAAAAGGAUUUACAUGUCGGUUGAGGUGGCGGGGGUGGCCCUGGAGGCCCAGGCUCCGGCUGCUGCCAUGGCCGCCCUGCUGCCCCAGGGCCUGCUGGCCUGCGUCGAGGAGAACAACGUGGCUGGCCUCCUCGUCCUGCUCGAGAGCUGCUCCAGCGUCGACGAGCGCAACGAGAUCGGACAGACGGUGCUGAUGCUGGCGGCCGAGCAGGGCUCCCUGGAGAUCGUGCAGGAGCUCCUGAAGCGCGGCGCCAACUGCAACCUGGAGGACGACGACAGCUGGACUGCGUUGAUCUCGGCGUCCAAGGAAGGCCACUUGGACAUCGUACGAGAGCUGAUACAGAACAACGCGGAUAUCGAGCACCGAGAGAUGGGCGGCUGGACGGCGCUCAUGUGGGCGGCCUACAAGGGACGCACGGACGUGGCAAGGCUGCUGCUGGAUCACAAAGCCAACCCCAAUGUCGCCGGGCAGUUCAGCAUGUACCCCGUGACGUGGGCAGCGGGACGUGGCCACAACGAGAUCGUCAAUAUGCUGCUCAACGCCGGCUCCAAGAGCAACUGCUGUGACAAGUACGGCACGACGCCUCUGAUCUGGGCGGCCCGGAAAGGACAUCUCGAGUCGGUGCAGCUGCUCCUGCAGCAUUCUGCGGACGUCAAUCAAGUCGGCGCGAACUCGAUGACGGCGCUGAUCGCGGCGGUGAGGGGCGGCUUUGAGAGCGUCGUGGAGGAGCUGCUCACCAAGGAGCCCGACGUGAACCUGACCGACAAGGACGGCAACUCGGCGCUCAUGAUCGCCGCCAAGGAGGGCAAAACGGAGAUCGCUCGGGACCUGCUGGACGCCGGCGCCUACGUCAACACGCCCGACCGGCACGGGGAUACGGUGCUGAUCUGGGCUGUGAAGGGCGGCCACCCGGACAUCGUGCGGGCGCUGGUGGGGAAGCUGGCUGACGUGGAUGUCCGUGGAGCGGAAAACAAGACCGCGCUGUACUGGGCCGUGGAGAAGGGAAACUCCACCAUCGUGUGUGACAUCCUCGAGUGCAACCCCGACACUGAGAUCCACACGAAGGAUGGCGAUACGCCUCUCAUCAAGGCCACCAAGAUGAGGAAUGUUGACAUCGUCCAGCUGCUGUUGAACAAGAACGCCAAGGUUUCUGCUGCCGACAAGAACGGGGACACGUCGCUGCACAUCGCGAUCCGCGGGCGCAGCCGCAAGCUGGCCGAACUGCUCCUGCGCAACCCCAAGGACGGCCGGCUGCUCUACCGGCCCAACAAGGCGGGCGAGACGCCCUACAACAUCGACUGCGGCCACCACAAGAGCAUCCUCACGCAGAUCUUCGGAGCACGGCACCUGUCCCCGAACGAGGCGGACGGCGACAUGCUGGGCUACGACCUCUACAGCAGCGCGCUCGCCGACAUCCUCAGCGAGCCCACCAUGCAGCCACCCAUCUGCGUGGGCCUCUACGCUCAGUGGGGCAGCGGCAAGUCCUUCCUGCUCAAGAAACUCGAAGACGAGAUGAAGACGUUUGCCGGCCAGGAGAUCGAGCCUCUGCUGCGCUUCUCCUGGCUGCUGGUCAUGCUGACGCUGGCCUUCGCGUCCGUCCUGGGCCUCGUGCUCGCCGUCACCGUCGACCCCAACCUGGGCCUCGCCGUGGCCUUCAGCCUCCUGGCCCUCUUCUACAUCUUCCUCGUGGUCGUCUACUUUGGAGGGCAGCAGGAGCGCGAGGGAUGGACGUGGGCAUGGCUGGCGAGCACGUGGCUGGCACGGCAGCUGUGCUACGUGGAGCUGCUGCUGCAGCUCGUGUUCACCAACCCUCCCGAGCUGCCCGAGCAGACCACGCGGGCUCUGCCCGUCAGGUUCCUGUUCACGGACUACAGUCGGCUGACGAGCGUGGGCGGCGAGACGUCGAUCGCGGAGAUGGUCGCCACGCUGUGCGACGCGUGCGAGCGCGAGUUCGGCUUCCUGGUGACGCGCCUCUACCGAGUCUUUCGCACCGAGAACACUCAAGGCAAGAAGGGCGUGGGCCGCUGGAAGAAGUCGUGCUGCCUGCCGUCGGUGCUGCUCAUGGCGCUGGUGCUGGGCUGCGUGGUGGCGCUCGUCGUGCUGCUGGCGGCCGUGGAGGCGCACACGGACGUCCGUCUCCGCGGGGCGCUCAUCGCCGUCUCGUCCGUCGUGGCGAUGGCGCUUGUCGCCAAGGCCCCCAUGGCGUGGCAGGUGCUGGUCUCUCUGCUGCGCUCGCAGCGCCAGCGGCUGCUGGCGGCCGCCGCUUCCUCGCACAACAAGCUCAAGAUGGAGGGGUUCAUGAAGGUGCUGAAGUCGGAGGUGGAUUUGAUGGCCAAAAUGACGAAGACCUUGGAUUCGUUCACUCAGUACCAGACCCGGCUGGUGGUGAUCGUGGACGGGCUCGACACGUGCGAGCAGGACAGAGUUCUACAAAUGCUGGACACGGUGCGCAUCCUCUUCUCGCAGGCGCCGUUCAUCUCGAUCUUCGCGAGCGACCCGCACAUCAUCAUCAAGGCCAUCAACCAGAACCUGAACAGCGUGCUGCGCGACUCCAACAUCAAUGGGCACGACUACAUGCGCAACGUCGUGCACCUGCCUUUCUUUCUCAACAACCGCGGGCCGCCCAUAGCCCGCCGGCUGGCCGUGGCCGCUGGCCCCGCCGCCGCCAAUGGCGACGUGCCCGGCCACGAGGCCACCGUCGCCUGGUUUGAUGACGGGGAGCAGAAGCCGUCCCAGCAUAGCCUUGGGGAGCUCACGAAGAUUGGCAGCAAGGUCUCCCUCACCCGCCGGCAGGAGACCUUGAAGCGGCGGCAGAUGGCACGCCAGUUGACGCGGCAGAUGUCAUUUGACCUCUCCAAGCUGCUGGUCACGGAGGACUGGUUCAGCGAUAUCAACCCUCAGACGAUGAGGAGGCUUCUCAAUGUCGUGUCCCUCACCGGGCGCCUGCUGCGAGCCAACCAGGUGCAGUUCAACUGGGACCGCCUGGCCACGUGGAUCAACAUGACGGAGCAGUGGCCCUACCGCACCUCCUGGGUGGUGCUCUACCUUGAGGAGGUGGAAGGCGUUGGUGACCACCUCACCCUCAAGAUGGUCUACGACAGAUUCUCCAGCAAAAUCCCGCAGUCGAAGGAUGUGGAGCCGCUGCUGGAGAUCGACGGCGACGCGCGCAGCUUCGAGGUGUUCCUGACGUCGCGCACACCCACGCUCACCGUGUGCGACGUGCGCACGUUCAUGGCAUGCACCGUCAACCUCGACCCCAAGAUCCGAGAGAUCAUCGCAGACGUCCAUGCGGCACAGGUCGGGGCGACGAGCGCCUCGGUGUUCCCGUCGGCGACGGCAGCGGCUCCCGCUCCCGGCGUGCCGCACUCCGCGUCGGGCGUGAGCGCCUCGGGCCGAUCGUCGGGCCCGUCCGGGGCCGGCACACCGGCGCCCUUCGCGGGCGGAGGGGGUCUCGCGACGCAGCCGUCCUCCUGCUCGUACUUUGACGGCGGCAUGGGACCCCAGCACCCCUUCUACAACCGGCCGUAUUUCGCACCCCAGUUGUAUUUGCCGUCGGCGGCCACUCGCCCGCCCACUGAGCUGUGCCUCGCUGCUGCUGCUGCUGCUAGGCCCGCCAUGUCCCGCGACCACACUAACUUGCCUUCAUCGGCAGCCCUGCUGGGCGAUGCGACCUCGCCCACGCUGAGCUCGCUCCCCGUGGCGGACGUGUGCGAACGCCUCGCCACCCUCGAGGGCAUUGACCACGGCCUCCUGGACAAGUACCAGGACACGAUCCGCAAGGCAAACAUCAAUGGAAGAGUGCUGGCACAGUGCAACAUGGAUGAACUCAAGGACGAAAUGAGCAUGAACUUUGGAGACUGGCAGCUCUUCAGAAGCAUGGUGCUGGAGAUGCGCGAGCUGGAGAAGCAGCCGUCGCACGACCUGCGCUCCGCCGGCGAGUCCGGCGGUGUUGGCGUCAGCGCCCUGGACGGGGGGCCGCCCCCUCACCGCGAACGCGCCACCGUCACCGCCUCCGCCUCCGUGGGGGCGGCCGCCAAGCCGGACGCGGCGCUGCCCAACGACAAGUACAGCCUCAACUUCAGCUUCGAGGAGCUGUGCACCGUGGGCCUGGACGAGCCGGCGCUGGGCGGACAGGCCUCGCUGUGGCAGGGCGCGGGCCGUCUGGCGGACGGACUGUCGCACCGCACGCACAGCAUGUCCAGCCUCAACUCGGAGGCCUCCGUGGCGGAACUGUCGCGCCUGGCCGAGCGGCAGCAGGCAGAGUACCGCGACGCCUACGGCGCCUACAUCAGCCAGAUGGCGCAGGUGGACUGCCCCACCAGCGGCGCCAGCUCCAUCAAGAGCUCGCAGGUGACGUCCCCGCACAGCCCCGUGCACUUCCUGCUGGGCGGCAGCGUCUCCUCGGUCUCUCUGCACGAGGAGAACCGCAACCACAACGCCUGCUCCCAGCGCGUGGCCGCAUACGGCGGUGGCGGCGCCACGGGCGGCGGUUGCGGAGGAGGAGGUGCAGGAGGAGGUGGAGGCGGGCAGCCGUUCUCCCUCUCCGCCUCCCUCUCCUCGUCGUCGUCCCUCCCGCCCUCCAAAGCGGCGUCGUCGCACUCCGCCGACGCGAGUGACUCCUCCGCGGCGCCGGAGUGCGCGGCGGCGGCGGCCGUGCCGGCGCUGGACCCCAUCACGGAGGAGGAGGACCACGCGGGGGACCCCGCCGGGGGCAGGGCGCGCCCGGCCGCCGCCGCGGCCGCGGCCUCGGCGACGGCCGCGGCGGCGGCCACGCUGGGCAAGCGCGUGCUCCAGGCGGUGGACAUCAAGCACCGCAGCUACCAGCAGCUGGCGAGCGACGACGACAACUCGGGCGCCGACGAAUCGGAUGACGUGCCGUUGCUGCGCUCCGCCGCCGCCGCCGACAGCGCCGCUCCGGCGCUCGAGCGGUGGGGCCCGGCCGCCGCCGCCGACCCCGACGCCGACCGCCCCGCCGCCGCGCAGCCGUCCGACGACGCCAACACCAACGCCAACAACAGCGGCGGCAAGGCGGGCGGCCCCGCCGCGAAGUCCGAUGGCUACGUCGCCGAGAUGAUCCCGCUGGGCAAGAAAGACUCGUCCGACUCGGGCGCGCGCGUGGCCGACUGCUCCCCGGGCCCGUGCGGCUUCGCGGGGCCGCCGGCGGCGCGCGCCGUCGGCGACCUCGUGGAGUUCGCCGGCGCCGAGUUGGCGCCUGCCGCGGUGGACGCCGGCCCCCUGCUGCUGCUGCCGAUGCCGGCGACGGCGACGGCGGGCGGGGGCGGCGCGCCGGACGCGCCGGACGUGACGCGCAUGUCCAUCUGCUCCGACGGCAAGCGCAGCCCGUCGGGCUCCGAGAGCAGCCUCAUCCUGAGCAGCCCCGAGGCCGAGCGGCGAGCGCUCGUGCCGCCCGUCGCGCAGGCCGAGACGGGCCGGCGGCGGAAGGCGGAGCCGGCGGCCGUGGUGGGGGGCGGCGUUCUGAAUCGCGUGGACAGCGUAGAGACCAUCAACAACAACAACCGCUCCUCCCUCGGUACUGGCGGCGGCGGCGGCGGCGUUCUACCGAGCACCGCCACGGCACCACGCAGUGCCGCGACUCCGAUGACGCCCCCCAAGAAGCAAACGGCGAGAUCCAAGAUGGGCAGCAUUGGAGGAGGAGGGGGGACGGGAGCGGCAGGGCGGUCUGCGGGCGGGCCGGCCCCCUCCUCCCCCAACGUGCGCGUGCCGCUGCGCGGCGGCGGCGGCGGAGGUGGAGCCGGCGGCGGCAAUGCGGCAAAAGCCAACACGGCGCGCGCCAGGGUCGACAACGCGCGACCCAACCUCAACCGGAAGGCGCCCGCGCCUACCAGGGGCAAGAAGGGGGGCGGAAGCAGCGGCAGCAGCGGCGCAGGAGGAGGAGGAGCGGGUGGCGCGGCAGACAGCGCCGGAGCUAGUGCAGAGAAGGAGAGCAUCCUGUGAGCGUUGGCGCAAGCCUCUCCCGCUUCUGCCGCUCGAGACAACCUCGCCCGCCGCCCACUCCGCUCUACACAAGCGCAUUACGUGUGUAGAGCAAUAUACUACAUGCCAACGUCGCACGGCGUCAUGGGGAAAACGCCCACAACGCCCUGCAAGCCCUAUAAGUAACAGUUGUGUUUAUUUAUCCUGAAGGUGCCGGUGCGUUCAUCCCCGUGGUUAAAACCCAUCGUCCUGUAGACCUUUCGUCACACACCCAAGCCGCCUGCAGAACCAGGAUUUAAAGGUUUAUUUUUUAUUUUUUCCUCUCAUCACUGACGGGCAGCCGUGGCCUGUGAGGAGCUGCUCACACCAUUAGUGGCGGUGCUGGGCAGCUGUGGCGUGAGCUCCAGACCAUCGUCGAGGCACGUCAAUAUUCAGGCCUCAAUGUCUCACGUCCAGACAGGUGUCAUUGAGCCUCCAGAUCUUUUACGGGAAGGUUCCAUGUUGCCAUUGUCUUGCCAGUUUUGUUUGGAAGGAUUGUUUUGCAUUGCGGAAGUAACCUGGCGUCCCCAGAGAAAACCCACGCAGGCAAGGGCAUAGCGCUCAACAGGUCCAGACGGAAGGAUUCACUUAACCUUCCUGAUGCACUACCAUCUCAUGGCCACCUUGCAGCCACGCGGGCUUGGCGAAUCGACGCGACCCAACAAACCCUUCCCUCCGAAGCACUGAACGAUGAGCGUGCGUCGCCACGCCGUCAGAGCCAAGCACUGAUUACUUUACAACGAUACGUGGUGCGCAAGCGCAAUUAACGAUGAAACCCAACACGGCCGUCAAGAACGCUGUGGCCUCGAGAAUAACGUAUGUGUGAUGGGCGACAUUUCUGUUAUUUAUGAGCGACGAGAAAUUGCCUUUGUCCGAAACGUUGUCAAUGAUAUUUUUUUAUUUUCGGGCCACAGUGUUAUUGGCGAAUGUGUUGAGUGUUUUUGUUGAAACAAAAAAGUAAUCCGGGUUUUACUUUUGUUAAGCACUCGUUACAUUUUAAUUGUGCUUAUGGAGUCUUGUUGUGAUGGGCCUCUAGAUUUCGCUUGGCAAACUCGGUUAGAAUGCAACCGUGGGGGAACGGUCCUUGCGAGGUGACACCAUGGCCAGAAGUACUCACGAAGGCACCGAGGUCCGUCUCUCUCCCUGUCCAAAUAGUAAAUGACCAGAUGUCACUCAAGUAUUUAUCAAGGUUAGCUCCAAAAGCCGGGCCAAAUUGGGCAAACAUCCACCACAUUAUUAAUGUGUGGCCGUCCGUUCACUGGACUCUACAUUUGAGUUCCUGGAUUCAUCGCAGCGGGAGACCUAGAAAUGUUUUCCCUCAUGCUUCUCGCUCAGUACCUCAACACGGCCAUUCAUAACCCCUUGAGCCACGAAUCGCCUUCACAGCCUCGUCGGUUUCAUCCUCAUGAGAUCAUCAGUGCAGUGUAGCCCCGUGUCUCGCACUGCCAAAACACACAACUACUGUCACGCGACAUUUUUGCUGGUGACUCAGGUCGGGGCUGCACUGCAUGUUCCCACUCCCGUCAUCCUUCCAGGGUCGAUUUGAUGAGUCUCACUUGGUGCAAAGUCAUCGGUCGUCGUCACCCCACGGGUGUAAUUCGCCCUGCCAUAGGAACGUGGAAUUUCCACCACUGGCUCUGCGUCACACGAGCCCAGCACCGGGGGGCUCGUUUGAGUACGGAGCCGCUCCGACCUGACCGGGGCUUGCAGGGCAGUGCAGGUCGCGUCCCCCCGCAAUGUCACACCGCGUGAAUAUUUAUUUUCUCCAUGUUGUGUGCUCGGUGACUGUCCGUGUCUUGGCCCGCCGAUGGGGCUUCCCGCCUGCCUGGAGGGGAGGCGGGGGGUGCCUGCGGCGUUAGUUAUCCCCCCCCCCCCCCCCCGGCUUGUCCGUCGUGGUUCCUCGUCGUUUCGUUCAUGUUUGACGGCUUUGCACACGUGUCUUGGUGUUUUUGUCGUGCGGUCGCAAGUCGGUAGCCCGUCGGCUUUUUCAGCCACCGAGAGGCGAGCAAAAAGUAAAAAAGUAAAAAACAACAAAAAAACUAAAGGAAAAAGGCCCACCAAAGCCGGUGCCGUGCACUUCGGUCGCAGUUCGGCACUCGGGCGCACAGUGGCUUGCGAACCACAGUUUGCCCAAAUACUCGAGAGCGUAACGCAACGUCGCCGGCGAGUGGUCGACCCUUUAAAUUUAGCAUUCCGCAAGAUGCCCCCAGGGGAUUAACGGGGCCGUGCAGGAGAUUGAGCGAGGAGAGUGGCUUACGCAGUGACGACCCCACUCCGGGUUGAGGUCAGGGCGCCGUUGACCUGGCGACGUGCCGAAGCUCUCCUUCGCUUUGCCAGUCGCGACUCUUUGCGUUCCACUCCCCCUGUUGGCUUGCACACAUGGAAAGGUGGCCUAAUCGGCUACGUUUGGGAACCUGUGCGCUAUCUCCACGCCGUGCCACGAUUUUGGCAAACCCGGGUUCGAUUCCCAAACUCUAAUCUCAACUAGCGUCAACACUGGUGAGACAAAGACGGCCAGGUUCACAUGCUGCUGGCCAUGCAGUUGCCUCCUGCGCUGCGCCGACUUUAAUAGGUGCUCACCGAACAACACUCGCUUGCCCUUGAUAGUCUACGAGGCUACAAGUGGUAUUUCUUUUUUACCUGUGCGGUCACACGCAGGCAUUUUCGUGUUUUAUUAAAUUGCAUUGGUAUACCGGGAGGCUGAGUCCGUGGAUAAAUUCCGAGAGAUAGUAAAGGGCGCGUGUGUUCAAAUGGUAAAACAAACGCAUUUCUUCGAUGGUAAAAAAUGUCUCUCUACAUUUGCAUGGAGAAGUCGAUGAUAAAAAUGUUAUUCCGUGGAGAGAAGAAAACGUACAAGUUCAAAACGAUCCCAUUUACAUUGCUCUUAUACCAAUUCUUCAGUGUCCGUCGCCGUUGUUAUUUGCAUCGCAACAAACAUAUAUAUAUAUAUAUACACGCGUGUGAAAUAUUAUCAGUGUUAAACGUUGUUACUGAUGUCUGCCGCUUAAACCCAACAGUAGUGUUGUGAGAAAUGAAGCCUUCGGAGACAAAGCCCAUGGCAUCGCCACAGCCGGAACGAAGCCUUUUGUCAAAUUCUUGAAGAGGCAAAUACUAAAACGGGGAGUGUAAACCUUCCAAAAUUCGGAAGCAAUUAGGUCCCUAAAUUUUUCCUUUACCAAUGUAGCUACUCUUUUACAAGCCGGUUAGAGGUAAAAACAAACGCCAAAAUAAAAAAACACACAAAGUCAAAAGCUAAAAGACAUUUCAAAAAUGCUGACAUUGUUUUGAGAUCACACUGAUGGGAGAGCAUGAGGAGGUGGUGUGGGGGGGGGAUGCUCUUGCCUGUGUAUCAAUCGCGGUGUGAUUUUCACCGUUUGUUUGGAUCCGCAACGUCAACACAUUUCAAGCGCCACUAACCCCUUGGGUUUUGGCCGUGUUCUUUUUUUUGGCGACCUGAGAGAGCCGUGCAAACGUCGAGUCGCCCGUGUCGUGCACUUUUCCGUCCGGCGUGAACAUGCGUGACGUCCUGUUCCCCUAUCCCUCGCGCGUGUCGUAUAACGCGGUGCACUGAAAAAUACGUUGUUGUGUUUUUUUAUUGUUAAUUGUUAUUGACUUCGCUUAUUUUUUUUUAACAUUUAAAUUAAGGGCCAAAUUCUCAAGUUUCAGGCUGCAAUGAAAAAUGUCCGCAAGGGGGCACGCACAAAGCAACUCAUCUUUACUUGAAGGGAAAUACCGCUACACGAACAGAAUUGCCUCUGGCAAAUGUGCACGGGCUGAAAAGACUUAAACGCCAUCAUACAUUGUGGAGAAAAUUGCAACGCGGCCUGAUUUGCCUGUUGGCGAACGCUCAUUUUUGUCAGAUUGUUUUUUUCUUUGUUGGGUGGAAAACUGCUGCCGAUGAAUCUGCGUCACCAAGCUGCACGACAAGUUGCCGAGUCGGCGCGCUUUAAGCUAUUUAUGUCGUCAUCGGCAAGUGAAUCUGGCCCAUAAACGGAGAUGGGAGUUUGCAAAGUGGUGUCUUGAAAUAUAAAAUGUUGUCUCCAAGUCGUAA